AUGGCUGAGCAAAGGGCUGUCUCAAGCUCUCCCCAAAGAUCCUCUGCGCGAGCGGCUGAGGCAGCAUCUCCAACGAUUACAGCAGCCACCGCCGGUCAGUCGCCCCAGGCUGCUGCCUCAACGCUUUUGUCGCCGACAUCUGGCCAAUCUCCUGGGACUGCACCCGUAGAAGCGCCACUGGAAACGGCUUCUCAGUCGCCGGAUGCUGUUGUCGAGGCCCAAGACGGGACCGAUGAUGAUGAUAGUGACGGUUACCAAUCAGCAUCUGAAAGAGAAUCCAACGCAUCAACUACGCUGGCAUCCACAAUUCGUGACUUCAACUUUGAAAACAAAAGGAGAUAUCACAAGUUCAAGGAAGGCCGCUAUGCAUUUCCUAACGAUGAUGCUGAACAAGAAAGGGAGGAUAUGAAGCACUCUAUGGUGGUUACCCUUUGUGGCGGGGCACUGCACAGUGCGCCACUCGAGAAUCCUCAGCAGAUCCUAGAUGUUGGAACCGGGACUGGCAUCUGGGCAAUUGACAUGGGUGACGAAUAUCCGGAAGCUGAGGUCACUGGCAUCGAUCUCAGCCCUAUUCAACCUCCAUACGUCCCAGCCAAUGUUGCUUUCAUCGUUGACGAUGCUGAAGCCGAAUGGUUGUACCCAGAAGACUCUCUUGAUUACGUUCACGUGCGAAACAUGGGAGCGGCGAUCAAAGACUGGGAGAAGCUCCUUGCGCAAGCUUUCCGCGUCUUGAAGCCGGGAGGCUGGAUUGAACUCCAGGAGAUGAAGUGGAACUUCAAUUGCGACGAUGACACAAUGCCCUCGGACUAUGCCCUUACCAAAAUGAUGAAGCUUGUUUGGGAAGGCCUUGGAAAGUUUGGCAUCGAAGCAGAUGUCGCCGACAUCAACCCCAAACGUCUUGAUGACGCGGGCUUUAUCAAUCAAGUUCAAGAUGUUCAAAAGGUUCCCGUGGGCGAGUGGCCAAAGAGAGAAGAUCUGAAGAUGAUUGGAGCCUACUGCAAAGCUGUUCUCUACGACGGCAUACAUGGAGUCACAAUGGGUCCGCUCACCCGAGGUCUGGGUUGGUCUGCCCCUGAGGUCGAGAUUUUCCUGAUUGAUGUACGAAAGGAUCUACUCAAUACCGGUAUUCACUCGUAUGUGUUCUAUCACUCUGUUGCAGGCCAGAAAGCAAAGGAAACUGCCGUUUGA